UACGACAGCUGCAGGGGCUUCACAUAGAAUACACGCCAAUCGUACAUUUCCUGACAGUGAGACGGGUCUAUGCAACAACCUUGGAUUACAUUUUACUCUAAUGGAGGCACACUGGAUAUUUUGGAGAGAUAGUUCUUUUACGUACUGUACAUAAGUCUUCUCGGAAUUGUAUGGUAGCCUAUCAAGAAACAUUAUUUAUUGCAAGAGCCGUUUUUUUACAUAAUGCUAUAAGAAGCACAAGAUGGGUAAUGACAACAGCCAUAAUAAAGCUGAACCUCAGCCUGAACCCCCAACCAGAGACAUCCCCAGUGCAUCCCAACAGCCUGAUGAGGAGGUGCAGGAGGAGUUUCAUCCGUCAUUGGAAACCCUCCCCGUGCUUUAUCCUCAAUGGGAUACUAACGGCCAACAAGCUGCACCACAGCAGAGGGUGGAAUCAAAUUUUCCAUCAUUGUUUUCUGACGACCUGACAGAACCUGCACUUUCCGGGAGUCACGGUGACGUCUCGCUGCAGCGUGGAGUUUGGGAGGAAGGACAGCUGCUUCCAGCCCUUCCGCAGACUGAACUUUAUAUAGAGAGACAAGAAUAUAAAGAAUCUGGGAGCAGCUCACAGCCUGGCACCAUCAGCAUCCUCUCCAGGGAGGAAACUAACGAGGAAGACAUCUUUGGUGAACCAGAAGACAUAGGACUGAUUGGGAUACUCAGAGAAUGGGGACAGCAAGUGAAGCCAGAAAAAAUUGUUAGAGAAAAAGAAGAAGACAGGAAGGAUACAGUAUGGAUGCCAUAUACUGAGCCAUCUCCCGAAGAAACUUCUCUGAUCGGUGACUUCCAUGGUGUACAAGCACAAGAGAAAAAGGCAGAAUGUGCUGAUUUACCUGGUAUUAAACAUAUAACAGCAUCCAUUGCUGACAGUUCGAUUACUUCUUUUAAUGCAAAUGAUACUCUAGAUUAUGGCAGUUGGAAUCUAGGGGAACCCAAUAUUCAACUUGUAACUGGAACUCUACAGCAGAUUUCAGCACCUUUACAGAUCUUCUCUAGGAAUGAAGAACCAGUGCAACCAGACACAAUACCAAAGAACCUCAAUAUACUGUCUAAACAAGAAAAAGGAGAAUCCAUGGAUAAUAUUACUGCUCAGACAGAACAGAAACAAUUGUGCGGUUUUUAUGACGCCAAGGAUCUAAAUACAGAUGGUGCGAAUAUACAGACAGGUAUUCAGGGCAACCUAAUCCUGCCUUUAACAACCAUUGGAAAUUCAGACAGCAAUAAAGAAAAACUUGGUACUACAUGUAAACCUGAACCAGAUAGCUUGGUCUAUAGUGGAGUCGUCCCUAUAGUUCAGGUGUUUGACCGAAGUCCAAUAGUGUUAGAGCAAAGUUCAACUGACUGUAAUCUGUAUCAGACUGCAGGUGCAGGACUGUUGGCACAGAUGGGUAAAAAAACAUCUGAUCACAGUUUUCCUGGCAUACAAUCAGAAGAUUUUGAUAGUGACACUAAGAAGUGUCCUAAUGACCUGAACAACAAGGCUGAUCAAACAGAGAAGAAUUUAACGGAGAACAUUCAAUCUGAAAUCAAAAAUUAUUCGAAAGAAAUUCCCAGAAAAGAUAGUGUGGAUUUUAGCAGCAAAAAUGUAAAAGAUGGUGGUGCUAAUAUGGAAUUAAAGGUAGAUGAAUUAAAAGUCAUUGUUAAAAAUACAAAUCCUUCUGAUUUGUUGAGCCCAACAAGUGGCCAGUUUCCUAAAGGGCAUGAAGGAUCCAAAUCUCCCAAUGCAGGUAAUGGUACCACAGCUACAUUAUAUAAUAUAAACAGUGAUCCAGGCCAACAGAUUAGUAUUGUACCUCCCAUGGACUUGGUUAGUGACAAACACAGUAUAAUCCUAAAUGACCACACUGGCUUUAAGAAAAGUCAGCCUUGUCAGGAAACAGCUGUUGACAUUUUCUCUGCACCUGCCAAUAAGAUAGUCCCCUCAGAAAAUGUAGAUAUUUUGCAGAAACCUCUUACAGAUAAAGUAAUGAAUCAAGCAUAUGAUAUUGCACAAAUGACAAAGGACAAUAAGCCACAGAGCUGUAUAAACAACUUACUUUUGGAAGAUGUUCCAACUUUUUCUCUCAAUACAUUGGAAUUACAUCUGGCAGAGCCAUGCCCUGACUUACAAGAUGACAUUACCAAAAAAUCACAAUAUGGCCACUACAAAGCGCUCAGAGAUCAGUCAUCCAGUGAGAACAGAGUAACUCCAAUUCCGAAUGAGAAGAUAGUUGAUCAAAACGAAGUUGAGUUUCAACUUUCGAGCCUCAGUGGAAAUAAACCUAGUAGCACAGGCAAUGAACAAGUUCCAGGGGAAGAUGAUUUUAUUUGGAAUGUGGAGAAUUAUAUGCAGAGUAAUGCCAAUGAAAAGUUUGAAAAUUACAGUGUAAGCUCAGCCACCUAUCUUAGAAAAGCUGCAGAGACUGAUAUAGAAACCACAAAUUUAUCAGUUUCUGUGUGUCCUGGUGAUAUGGGAUACUCCCCAUCCAUUCAGGCUUCACAAGAUCUACCAACACAGCCUUUAAAUACACUUGAAAUAUUUUCUAAAGAAGAGGUCUGCCUUCUUCCUCCGAACCUUUAUCCACCAUUCUUUAAAACUGGGUCUGCUAUGGACUAUAAGUAUAUGGUAAGUCCAAAAGGUGAACAGACAAACUCGUUGAAUGAAAGCAGCAACAUUCUAUCUACUGAAGCCAUGACAGAGGUUAGCCAAGACCAAAGUGGGCUUGACAUGUCUGUAAAUCCUGCACAUCAAAGACAAAGCUACGAUAUUGAUUGUAAACUACAAUCACAUUUCCUGACUGAUUUGGACAGACAUAACCUCAAACCAGAUUACACCUUGAAAGAGCCGUCCAAAGUUCAGCUACUAGAGAACGCCUCUGCAUUUACAGAGGAAGACAGUAAGGGAGUCAAUGACAAGCCAAACCUGGGGAGCAGGUCUACAAAGAGUGAGGACGUUCCCUCGCUUAUAUUAAGUCAACAACAAGAAGCGUCUUCAAAGGACACACCUUGCCUAAUCUCUGACAUACUGCCCUGUCUUGAUGUUACCGGAUCACUAUCAGAGGACGGAGUGCUUACUUCCAGAACACCGGACCUUGCUAUAGCAUGUAUUUCAGCCUCUCCAGUCAUAAUUGAUAAAAUGGACGAGACUCUUUUUACCACUGGUGACAAAGAUGUUGCAGAAUUGCAGGGCAGUAACGCUCUUCUGUCUACUGAGUCGAAUGUCUUUAACUAUGUGAAAGAGGAAAAUCAGUUACCAGGAUCAAAGACUGAAGGUCAGCGAAUUAAAAGUUUAGAGCUGUCUGCAGGUACGAAUAAGGCAGAUACUGGGAUUCCUACAGCCCAUUUCGGAAUACCAGCAGAUACUGGGAUUCCUACAGCCCAUUUCGGAAUACCAGCAGAUACUGGGAUUCCUACAGCCCAUUUCGGAAUACCAGCAGAUGCAUUUAACCAGCUUCAAAUGCCAGCUGAUACAGACAUCCCUAUGAAAAUGCCAUCAAGUAACAAUAACAUCCUUGUGGAAGAUGCUAAUGUAGUAACAGCAAGUGUUCCAUAUCAGAAUGUCUGUGAAAAGACAGAUGAAGAAACACCUGCUCCUGGUAUAGCCAUGGAAUCCGAAGCCAUCCAAAUCCUUACACUGGAAGCACAAGGCAAGAGCUUCCAGUCACAACAGGAAAUGUCAAGCGUUCCUCUUCCUCUAAGUGAUACUAAACAGAAAGAACUUACUGUCAUUUGUCAAGAGGGGUCAACAAAGGUAUGUGCUGAAGUUAAAACUGACUCUGUAAAGCCAAGCAAUGAUUAUAUCCACAUGGACAAUUCUACUGAAGAAUUACCAAGUCACUUAUAUCAGGUUGGGGUUGACAAGACAGUUACACCUCUUCCUGGUUUAGCCUCAGAAUCUAAAGCCAUGCUAAUUCCAACAGUGGACGCAUCACACCAGAACUUCCUGGCAAAACAGGAAAUGUCACCUGUUUCUCUUACUCCAGGUAAUAAUGGAGAGAAUGCAACUCCAGACAUUCAUCCAGAGGAUCCAACAAAGGUAUGUGCUGAAAAUAAGAUGGAGUCUGUAAUGUCAAACAAUGAUGACAUCAGUAAUGAUGUAAUAACAAGUCCUUUAUAUCAGGAUGGAUAUAAUAAGACUGGUGAAGAAACACUUAUUAGUGGUUUAGCCUUAGAAUCUAAAGUCAAACAGACUGCCACAUUAAUAACACCAGAGAAGAAUAAGUCACAACAGCUAUUGCAACGUGUUCUUCCUCCUAUUGACAAUGCACAAACCGUAACUCCUAUAACAUCCAUAUGUCCAGAGAGUAAGACAAAGGUAUAUGCUGAAAAUCAGAUAGAGUCUAUUAAACACGAUGCCAUAGAUAACUCUUCUAGUAAAGAUGUGGUACAAAAUCUCCAAAUAGCAAAUAAUGACCAAUUACAGGAAUUGUCUAUAGGCGUUACUGUCUCCCUUGACAUUGAAUCCGUAAUUGACGAUCCGCAAAUGUCAGCACAAAACAUAAAUACAUUUAAGCUUGCGCCACUUCUUGGUGACAUUGAGAAAGGUUCCAGUGAAGAAACAGUGGGAAAGUUUAGCUACAUUGAUCAGGCCAUGGAUAUUCUGAGCGAUGAAAGAAGUUCAGGAGGGGAGAAUCAGGAAAACAGAGAAGAUCUAAAAUCUUUGGUUGGAGGAGAUCCGGCCUCUGGUUUAUUUCCUGUACUCACAGCCGUGUCUGCAGAAGGAUCACAGCAUGCAAAGACAGAAUUCCAUAAACCAAUGGAGAGCCAGGUAAAUACUACUGAAUAUCCCCAAGAUGAAACUAAUGUGAACCUGGAAAGUUCUAAAACAGCAUAUCCAUUCGUUUAUAAUGACCAGAAAGCUGGUUCCCAGACUUCCAAGAUAGAUGGUGGAAUUGCAGAAGUGUGCGAAGAUAAGUCCCAAUAUGCAGAGCCUGUUAAGUCAAAGAGCGAACUUUCAGAAAGCUCCCAUGCACAUAGUGUUAAAGCAGAGGAAGCACUUAAUAGUCGGCAUCACAAUACUCUGGAGGAAAUACACCCUCAAGAAACACAUCCUGAGAUGAGAUUCGAAGGUGUGCUUCAUAUCAGGCCUGACGAAGAAGGAGCAAUCAUCAGAUCGGAAAAGGAGCAUACAAGCAUUCAUACAGAUGAUGUAGGCAGCUUCACUGCAAACAAAGGUAAAGCAUCGGGUGGAACUGCAUUAGAAGAUACUUUAUCUGUCAUGAAUGACGUGUCUUCUCAAGUAAACUGUAAAUUGGAUGUAGGGCCUAACAAUCAGUGUCUCAGCAAGCAAUACUCGGCACCUGUUACUCUAGAGAAAACAGUCUACGGUGGAGAGUUGGGAUUAUCUUUGGGGCAACCAACCAAACUAGACUUGGGCGUGGAAAAUUCUCAUUCUGAACAAGACAAAACAUGUGACACUACGACAGCAUUAACCUUACCUUCUGAUGUCCAAUGUCAAGAAGACAUAUCCCCAGAAACUCCAUGUCUUCUUCCCGAGAAGAAAGAUGAAACCUUUGUGGAUUCUACAGUUAGUCUUCAAAUCAGUGAUGCCUUUGUUUCCAAUGAUCAAAAAGAACUUAAUGGAAAAGACUUUAAAAACACUGAUGCUGUAGCAGAAGACUCUCACUCAACUGUCACAGGAGUAGAAGGCUCUCACUCAACUGUCACAGGAGUAGAUGGCUCUCACUCAACUGUCACAGGAGUAGAAGGCUCUCACUCAACUGUCACAGGAGUAGAUGGCUCUCACUCAACUGUCACAGGAGUAGAAGGCUCUCACUCAACUGUCACAGGAGUAGAAGGCUCUCACUCAACUGUUUCAGGAGUAGAUGGCUCUCACUCAACUGUCAGAGGAGAAGAUGGCUCUCACUCAACUGUCAGAGGAGAAGAUGGCUCUCACUCAACUGUCAGAGGAGAAGAUGGCUCUCACUCAACCGUCACAGGAGUAGAUGUCUCUCACUCAACCGUCACAGGAGUAGAUGGCUCUCACUCAACUGUCACAGGAGUAGAUGGCUCUCACUCAACUGUCACAGGAGUAGAUGGCUCUCACUCAACUGUCACAGGAGUAGAUGGCUCUCACUCAACCGUCACAGAAGUAGAUGGCUCUCACUCAACCGUCACAGGAGUAGAUGGCUCUCACUCAACUGUCACAGGAGUAGAUGGCUCUCACUCAACCGUCACAGGAGUAGAUGGCUCUCACUCAACCGUCACAGGAGUAGAUGUCUCUCACUCAACCGUCACAGGAGUAGAUGGCUCUCACUCAACUGUCACAGGAGUAGAUGGCUCUCACUCAACUGUCACAGGAGUAGAUGGCUCUCACUCAACUGUCACAGGAGUAGAUGGCUCUCACUCAACCGUCACAGAAGUAGAUGGCUCUCACUCAACCGUCACAGGAGUAGAUGGCUCUCACUCAACUGUCACCGGAGUAGAUGGCUCUCACUCAACUGUUUCAGGAAAAGAUGGCUCUCACUCAACUGUCAGAGGAGAAGAUGGCUCUCACUUAACUGUCACAGGAGUAGAUUAUGUUCUUGAGGUUAAAGAGACAGCAAUAACGUCCGAUGACCUAGACUUGAUACAGAAGGAGAGUGAUAUUCUAUCUGACUUGCCAUGCUCUGCUGUCAAGGAGACAGAAAUCCUAUCUGAUGAGCCACUUUUAACUGAAAAUAAGACAAAUAAUGCAUCUCAGCAGAUAAGCCCUCCUUGUGAUGACUCAGCAACUUCAGCUUUGGCUGUGACUCCCAUGGAGGGAAUUAGCAUGCAAGAAAAAUAUAUCGUACACGAAACGUGUGGCUCUUCAGUUGCAGAUCCAAAAUCCAUACAGACUAAACCUGAAUCUGAGGAAUUGUUAACAUAUAGAAUAGAUACAGCAAUUGAAAACAAGCAGGAUUCUUCCAUGGUACCUGUUCCACUAACAGCUCCUGAUACAGAUAUCUCAAGAAGUGAACUUUCUUCUGCCAGUUCUUGCCAAGAGACACCACCAGCUGAGCCAGUACCUUCCUUGCCAGCAAUCAGAAGCCCAACGUUUCCACCUACUGACUCUUUGAGCUUUACUCAGAAGCUACGCAGUGUUCUCCACUCUGAGAGGCCGUUCCCCAAAAAGACGAUGACACCGACAUCUUCUGAGCCUCUGGUUCUUCCCUCAAGUCCCAGGUUGCGCAAAGAAGGUGCAGUCAAUGAAAGGAGCUCCGACUCUGAAGAAGCCUUUGAAACCCCAGAAUCCACAACGCCAGUGAAGUCAGCUCCUCCGAUCCCUAUUCCGGACCUUCCAGAGGUUCAAGAACAGCAACCCCAGCAACGCCAGGAUCUUGAGGAAGUUCUUCCCCCUCCGCCCAAGCCUGAAGAGCCAGCUCCAGAGCAAAGUUUGGAGAACACACAAGCCCCUGAGCCGAAACCUGCUGAGAAUGAGAACAUUAACGAUUCUCCAUUCCGUCAGCCUUCUCGCUCAUUUUCUGUAGUGUUUGAUGAAGACAAGCCCAUAGCAAGCAGUGGUACCUACAACUUAGAUAUAGUUGUCGUUAACACAGUGGAUGUCAGUUCAGCAUCCUCAGAAUCCUCUUGCAAAACUCGUCGCAAAUCCACAGACUCCGUGCCUACCAACCGAAACACUUUGUCCCGCUCUCUUAGCUUGCAGGCUGGGGAUUUUCAGUUUGAUGAUGUGUUGAGUGGCCAAGGAGGAUCUGAGAGUGUCUUUAAUAGUCUUCGCAGGCCUAAGAAGGUGAGGCCUACAUCACUAAAGAAGAAGGCAGCAAGUGCUAAAAAACAGACAGAGGCCGUAAGCAACAAGGACACUCAGGCAUUGUCAGCAGAGCCACAAGAAGCAGAAGAGUCCAACGAUCUUCAGAUUCAAUCCGUUCCAUCACCUCCCCCAACAGAUAAAGAGCUACCUUUAUUAGGAGAGCAGGAAACACAGCCUGUUGCCUCCUUAGAGGUCACCUCUGUGGAUCCCCAGCUGAGCAGCAUCACAAGCACCCCUCUCGUUGACUCUUGCCCUCUGCCACUAACAGGAAGAGUGUCCCCACCAUUGCCUACCCAUCAGAAACGUGAGGUGACCCCAGGAGACUCUGGAGUACCAGAAAACCCUCCAGUGGUUGGGCAAUCAGUGAGGCUGGAGUUCGAUUAUUCUGAGGAGGCACGGGAGGGUCAGCCUCCUGUAAGAAAAGGCAAAAAACCCUCGGGCAAAAUGCCCCUACGAAAACCCAAGCCUAAAAAGGCAAUUGAAAAGCCUGAUGCUCCCCCUGGACCUCCCAGCUCCAUUUCUACAGAUCUUGAUGACAUUCCUAUUGCAAAGGGAUCAUAUUCAUAUAACCUGGACCAAUGGGAUGAUCCCAACUUCAAUCCCUUCUCUUCCAAUAUGAAACUACCGGAUUUACCACCCACUACUCAAGAAUUACCUGAACCAUUCAAACCCAUUGUGCAGAGAUCAGAGUCUCCUGCAAAAACACCGGCUUCUUUUGAGAUUCCAACAAAUGAUGCAGAUCAGAUUGGAGAGAGCAAUAAACCAGCCAAGAAGAAGAAGACUCCAUUAAAGACUGACACAUUUAGGGUGAAGAAGUCACCAAAACGCUCCCCGGUUACUGAGAAUGGCUCUGAGGAGCUGACAAUACUCUCCAAGUCAGACACCCCCCCUGUGAUAGCCUCUGAAGAUCACGCCACUGAUGAGGAGAAGCUAGCCUCUUCUGUUGUUAGCCAGAAAUGGACCUGCAUGGCAGUGGAUUUGGAACCAGACAAACAAGACUAUCCCCAACCAUCUGACCUGACCAGCUUUGUCAAUGAGACUCAAUUUCACUCUUCCACAGAUGAUAUAGAUUAUGGAAGCUCAUUCAACAUUGAAUACAUGGAGAAAACCGGCAAGUGCUCUCCGCUCCGGGAGGUGCCUCAGCCUCAGUCUCUGUACCUCAUGUUUGAAGCAUCACAGGACAGCCCAGAAAACUCUCCUGCCAAGUUUUCAGAGUCUUGCACCCCAGGGACAGACUUUGAGACAAUGGAGUCCAAUAUAUGCUCUGGACAGCUGCCCCUCUCCAGAUCCCCACCCAUAAUGCAGGACAGUACACGGCAAGCCUCGGAGAGGUCACGGUCCAGAGACGAUGAGCCAGAGUUGAUUGGGAGUGGAAAAAUGGAACUGGGCUCUCCCGAUGAUGAAUAUAUGCCUUCUGAAGCAUUGUUGUCACGGAUCGCACAUCACAAUACUCUCUGUGACCAGCUGAGUUACCUAGAGCCGGAUCUCGCAGAGAAGAACCCACAAGCAUUUGCACAGAAAUUACAGGAGGAGUUAGAGUUUGAAGCAAUGCGAAUUGAGGCUCUGAAGUUAGCCAAACACGUAUCCCAGUCGUCCCAGUAUACAGAGGAGGAUGGAGCAGCAGCAAGCAAGGAGGAUCCAGAGAUAUUGGACCCAAAUGAUGUAGGCCUCUCGCACAAGUCACUUUAUUCGCGGUCAGUGGCUAUGGAGACAGCUGGAGGUGGCCAUUUACAUAACUACCAACAGUCUGACCUUGAAGCAGCUCUUCAGCUUGCCAGGGAAGAGAUUACAGCCAAGGAGAGAGAAGUAACAGACUGGAAGAAGAAGUAUGAAGACACUCGCUGUGAGGUGGUAGAAAUGAGAAAAAUUGUUGCAGAAUAUGAACAAACAAUUGCACAGAUGAUUGGCAGCCCAGAGGAUGAUCAGAGAGAGAAGUCCAUGUCACACCAUACAGUACAGCAGCUUAUUAUAGAAAAAGAACAAGCACUCUCUGACUUGAAUUCAGUGGAAAAGUCAUUGGCAGAGCUCUUUCGAAGAUACGAGAAGAUGAAAGAUGUACUGGAAGGCUUCCGGAAGAAUGAGGAGGUGCUGAAGAAAUGCGCUCAGGAAUACCUGGCGCGAGUGAAGAAAGAAGAACAGCGGUACCAUGCUCUGAAAAUCCAUGCUGAGGAAAAACUGGAUAGGGCUAAUUCAGAUAUUGCCCAGGUGCGUACCAAGUCUCUGCAGGAACAGGCAGCAUACCAAGCCAGUCUGAGGAAGGAACAGCUCAGAGUGGAUGCUUUGGAGAGGACCCUGGAACAAAAGAAUAAAGAGAUUGAAGAGCUCACCAAGAUUUGUGAUGAACUUAUUUCUAAGAUGGGAAAGAGCUAACCUGGUGCUUCAUCUUUUGGGGUGCUUGGUUUUCAAGCGGAGUGCAAUCUGGAUGAUGUAGGGAAGGACUGAUCCAUUUUUAUUUGUACCUUGGAUAUGGAGAUGUGGCACCCAUGGCUAAGGGUGGCACAAGAAGCAUAUGAUGCCGCCUUCCUUCCUGCAUGGCCUUCCUGUAUCAGGAAGGUAGAACAAACUGGCUUUGCAUUUCCAUGCAUUUUUAUCUUAUUUUAUAUGGGAGUUCUGCAUUGUGUCAAAGAGCUGUAAGCUCAUUCUACGUCCUGCUGGGCAAGACUACAUCAUGUUUUAAACACUUUAUAAUGGCUGAGGGAUUGCUUUCGUCACUGGAUUGCUAUUUAAGUAGAUUUCAAGAUGAAAUGAUGUUCAGCUCAUACUCGCAUGAUUGGAGUGCUGUAAAUAAAUCUGUAUUAUGCAAACACUGGAGAACCCAUUUUUCCCCUUUGAGAAAUGUUUUGCUGGAAUUGCUACCAUCUUGUUGUUCUUCUUUCUCAUAAAAUUAAAUUGUUUGUUUGAGAGCUGCACUAUUCUGAGAUACACAAGAACAGCUUCCAAAAUUGCCAAAUAUCUGUACAUUGCUGGCAAUUAAAUGGUUUAACCCUGCUGCUGAUUGGCAUA